AUGCAGCUUAACAAUGAUGAUGACGAUGAUGUCUGUAUUUUUACUCUUACAACAGAGGCAAAUACAAUGCCUUCACCUAACAAUGAAUACAAGAAGAAUGUCAGCAAACAGUUCUGGACAUACCUGUCCUCACAUCGUCUCAGGCCAUCAACCAAAAUGGAGCUCAGAGGGGUUUAUUAUGAACAAUUCAAGAAAACCCUUGAUCGCUCGUGCCCCUCAGUCCCAUUUUCCACCAUUUUAUUCCAACUGAAAAGGAUGAAAAAGCUCGUGAAAUGCAAGGAUGGUUCAGAUAACUUAUUGUACUUUGAACGCAAAGGCCGUCGGUUGGUGUUGGCUGUGGAUCAGUCCUUUGUUCAUCGGAAGCAAAGGAAUGCAUUAAAAGAAAAAGGAGAGAAUGAAAAAGAUGUUGAUGAAGCAGAAACUGAGAAUUUUGAGGAAGUUGAUGACUCAGCAUACGAACUGAAGAAGAUAUUUCUUGAUCACAAGUAGGGGGAGAAAACAGCUAAUAAAUUAUUUUCCUUUUUUCUUUAUUUUUUAUGAGAAAAAUAAUGAAGAUCAAAUAAUUAUGUAUUAACUCCAUAACAAUCAAACCUCUGUCAAUGUUUAAAACCAAACGGACACAACAGCAACCUCUCCAUAUAAUAAUUAUAUGGACAUGUGGCUGGUGUGUCUGCAUUUGGUUUGAACAUUACCAGUUGUCUGAUUGUCAUAGAAGUAAUACAAUAUUUAUUAUUAUUGUUGUGGCUCAAUUUUGUUCUUGAUUUAAAUUCUGUUCUCCUUUGUUUUAAACCUAUCACACAAAUACCAUGCCCCAAAACAAGGAAGAUCAAAUAAAUGGGAUGAAAAGGAUGAAUAGGAAUAGGAUGAAAUAAAGCCAUAACAUCCACAUUACAGAGUUGUCUGUAUUAUAGGAGAAGUAUGCACUGUAUUUUAUUAAGUUUGGUGUCUUCAGGUAUGUUCUUUCUAAAUGAGGUGUUGCCAGGUAAGAACAGAUUUGACUGACCACAAAUGACAACUUGUUUGAUUUUGUGUUACAGAGAGUCUCUAAUUCAAGACAAGAAUGGAAUUCGAAUUUGCUCUGAUUUAGAUAGGGAACAUGGACACAUUGACUUUGGAAAAAUGAAUUUAACAGAAAGUGCAAAAAUCACCGAAAUCAUGGUGAACAAUGCAGGCUCAAGUACGGUUAAACUUAAACGAUUUGCUGCCCUGGAUUCUGUUGGAGACUUCAUGCUUUCUGAUAAGCACAAUGUUACCAUGAGUGGGCCAAAACACAAGGUUAUCAGACUUCCUGCAGGAAAAGCAUACACAAUACAAGCGCUCUUCAAACCUAGCAGCCUUGGAGAUUUCAAACAGCCAAUCGUGUUUGAGUUUGAAGAAGAAUCAACAGCUAAAGUGUACCACAUUGCGCGGUUUUUAACUGGGCAAGGAACUAGUGAUGAUGUAGAGGGAAUCCUACCAACACAAAAAUAUCAGCAUCCAAAACCAUUUGCAAGGGUUGUUGAUCCAGAUGUGCUUGUGAUUGGUGGAGUGCCACCUCCUAGGUAA